CAAUAAUCGAUCAGUAAAAAUAAGUCACCCCGUUGCAACGGACGUACCGCAAUGCUUUAUUAAUAUUCGUGUUAAAUAUUACCUGAAAAACGAUUCCAACAUUGAGCUUCAGAUAAAGGAUAUUGUAUAUUACAUAACAAAGGAGAUAUCCGAGUAAGAUUGUGCAAAACAUUACAGUUUUACGUUUAUAAAAUUAGGUUGAUGAAAUGGAUCAUGAAUUUGAAAGCUUAUCCGUUGAUACAAUUGAACUUUUCAAUGUUUGUGAUGAAAUAGAAAAAAAUGAUUUAAAUCACUCAGUUUAUGAUCAAAGUAUGAUGGUGUUAUGUGAUGAAUUCGAAAGGAAUUUGGAUGAUCAAAUGGGUGGCGGAACUAAAAGGAAAGCAGAUGUUGAUAUUAACUCUGCGACCAUCAAAAUAAUAAAAUCUGGAUCUAACAUAAAUCUAAAAUAUAUUUCUCCAGAAGAGCCAUCAUCAUCGAAUGAAGGUAAUAAUUCUAACACGAAAUUUUUCUGUAUUUGUAAUAGAAAUGUUUCCAAAAACUAUUUCGCUAGUCAUCUAAAUAGCAAUGCAUACAAAAAUAAUGUAGACAAAAUACAACAUUUAAUAAAACCCAAUGUUAAGAUAAUUGAGACUGCGUUCGGUAAAAAAAUAAUAACCUAUAGAGUAGCUUCAGAAAAUGAAAAUGAUUUACAGUUUGAGACACCAGAUUUAUUUCUUGCUUCAAUAAAAGAUACAAUAUUUACAUUAAUUAAUAAAUCUAUAGGAGAUCACACAAUUUUAAAAAUAAAUUUUAUUUUAUAUGGUGACUUUGUUCAGGAGACAAAAAACAUAAACAACACUUUUGAUUUCCAAUCAAUGAAUUUUAUUGUUUGUGCUGGUGAUGAUUUAAAAGUAUUUUAUACAACUCUCAAGAAUUCUCUAAUAAACUGUAUUAAUUCAUUCGAGAGAAGGGAUAGUGGGUAGAGUCUGAAAAAUUUUUUACAUUUGGAUAUGAAUUUAAAUCAAUUUAACCCUUUAAGAGGAAAAUCUUUUAUUGAGUUACCGAAUGAUAUAAAAACAAAAAAAGCUGUAAUUAAUGUUAAAAACACCGAUGACGCCUGUUUUAAGUGGGCAUUAUUAUCUGCUUUAUUUCCAAUUCAAAAAAAUUCGGAUAGAGUAAUAUCAUCGUACACCAAAUACAGUCAUAAAUUAAAGUUUGGUAAUAUUCAAUUUCCAGUUAAAUUAAACGAUUUACACCAAAUUGAAAGUCUUAAUAAUAUUAGCAUUAAUGUUUUUGGAUUAGAAUAUAAUGAACAAAGAAAAAAACAUUGUAUUGUCGGGCCAUUGUAUUUUACAAAGAAUAAAAUGCGGAAUCAUAUAAAUUUAUUAUAUUUGACGCAGGGUAACAUCGGUCAUUAUUGUUAUAUAAAGAAUAUGUCACGAUUAAUAAGUAGUCAAGUUUCGAAAUCCAAGGAAGCUAUAUAUCUAUGUGACUUUUGUUUACAAUAUUUUUUAACAUCUGAACGUUUAAAUAACCAUCAAAAAAAUGAUUGCUCCCAUAUUUGUACACAAAUACCAAGCGUAGAUAAAUAUAAAAAAAAUUGGUGGGGUGAUAUUGUAUCUGAAAGUAAAUUAAGCUUUGAUAAAUUUCAACGUAAAUUAAUGUUACCUUUUGUUAUAUAUGCGAAUUUUGAGGCUUUUUUGAGUCCUUUAGCAUCGUGUUCAAACGAUCCUUCAAAAUCACAUACAAUAAAUCACGUACAAAAACAUAAUGUAUAUAGUUUUGGAUACUACAUUAAAUGCUCAUACGAUGAUAAAUUGUCUAAAUAUGUAACAUAUACUGGUGAAAAUUGUGCUUUAAAAUUUAUGGUAUCACUGAAAGAUAAUUUAAUAAAAAUCGUUAACAAAAUUAGUUUAUAUAUAUUUAUAGAAUAUUACAAUUUAAGCAGAGUCCAUGGUUAAAGAAAUAUAUAGAUCUAAAUACACAAUUGAGAACCCGGGCUAAUUCUGAUUUUGAAAAAGAUUUCUAUAAACUCAUGAACAACGUUAUUUUUGGUAAGACUUUGGAAAAUAUUGAGAAACGUGUAAACAUUAAACUAUUAACCCACUGGGGAAAUAGGGGCAAAGUAUUGGGAGCUGGAGCUUAAUUGCUAAACCACAUUUUCAUAGUGUUUCAAUAUUUUCAGAUAGUCUUGUUGCAAUUAAAUUAAACAAAUCGAAGUUAAUUUAUAAUAAACCUAUUUAUCUCGGAUUUUGUAUAUUAGAUAUAUCUAAAACGCUAAUGUAUGAUUUCCACUAUAAUUACAUGCAAGAGAAAUUUACUUCCAAUUUGAAACUACUGUACACAGAUACCGACAGUCUCAUUUAUCAAAUAUUUACUAGUAACUUUUAUAAUGAUAUAAAACCAGACCUCUGUACAUAUUUCGAUACAUCAGAUUAUGAUGAGAACAAUGUUUUUAAUUUUCCUAAAGUAAAUAAGAAAAAAUUAGGUUAUUUCAAAGAUGAAAAUUGUGGUAAAAUCUUUGAAGAAUUUGUGUGUUUGGGAUCAAAAAUGUAUGCAUUACAGGUAGAUGAUAAAAUUAUUACUAAGACGGAGGGUGUUAAUAAGUUUGUCACGAAAAAAAUAACGUUAAAUAAUUAUAAGCCAUGUUUGUUUAAUAAAAAUGUUCAAUAUUGUAAAAUGUAUCGUUUUAAAUCGUUAAAACAUACAAUUUUCACACAAGAAAUAAAUAAAACGUGUUUAUGUUUUAAUGAUACCAAGCGAUACAUUCUACCAAAUAAUAUAGAUACGCUACCCCUGGGUCAUUAUAAACUCGUUAGCAAUUCCAAGUAAAAAAACUUAUAAGCUAGAUUAUUAAUAAUAUCCUAAUGAUAUUGGUUUUUGAUAAUGUGUUCUGUAAUAAUUUGUAAGACAAUGUUUUCUUAAUAUUAUUAUUUUAUUUAGAUAUAACCUUAUUUAUAUUUUACUGUAACUUAAAUAUAUAAAUAAAAUGUUUUAAGAGACAAAUAUUCAGUUUUAUUGCGACACCCAAAGACGAGAGAAGUUUAAAUAUAUAAAAAAUGAUUAAUUUUAUUCAUACAUUUGCUGCCAUCAUAGCAGGUCCAACAGUUUUGUUUCACUGGUUAUAAUAAUGGUAUUCAUACUACAUAAAUUUAAUAUAAGAGCCAGUGUUAAGAUUACAGUUUUUACCAGAGGUAAUAUAAAUAAAAAUACAAUUAAGUAUACAACAAUUUUAUUUACAAAACAUUGCUUCUAGAAGCAAAUGUCAUCCAAUACAUGCAUUUACAAUUGGAAACCAUAUACAUCGAUUUCUCUGGACUUGCACAAUGAGCGCAACUUCCUAAAAUCUAAC